CCCUCCCCAGUCCCCACUCCACACCGACACGCGACCGCACCGCCUUUUUAACUCCUCCCGCAGCAGCUGCGCUCGAGAGCACCCAACCACUGCCAACCAGCUGAGCUGCCAAGCUCGAGAGCGGGAGGGAGCGGAGUAAGCAAUGGCGUCCAUCAUCGUGCAGGUGGUGGUGAUCCUGCUCGACGUCAUCGCGUUCGGCCUCGGCGUCGCCGCCGAGCAGCGCCGGAGCAAGGCCACAGUCACCCCCGACGCCGCCAAGGAGUACGACUUCUGCGUCUACGACUCCGACAUCGCCACGGGCUACGGCGUCGGCGCGCUCCUCCUUCUCGCCGCCGCGCAGGUCGUGCUCAUGACCGCCAGCCGCUGCUUCUGCUGCGGCCGCGGGCUCAAGCCCGGGGGGUCGCGCGCCUGCGCCCUCAUCCUCUUCCUCAUCACAUGGGUGACGUUCCUCAUUGCGGAGGCAUGCUUGCUGGCUGGAUCAGUCCGUAACGCCUACCACACCCGGUACAGGGGCAUCUUCUACGGAGAGUCCCUCUCCUGUGAGACGGUGCGCAAGGGUGUCUUCGCUGCUGGUGCAGCUUUCACCUUCUUCACGGCCAUCCUGGGCGAGUUCUACUACAUCAGCUACUCAAAGUCGCGUGAUGCCGCUGGUGGUCCUCCAUACGGCGGCUCCAGCAUUGGCAUGGGCCCUUACAACUGAGGAAAUUGCUGAAGGCCGAUGAUUCGGUCACCAUGGAGUGCAAUGUUCUUGUUAACACUACCUUAGUAGUUACGGUGUAAUUGGUUAUUGGUUUUUCUGUUUCUUUAGGUUCUUUAUGAGAUUACUCGGUUGGGCUGUAUACUAUAUGGUUUAUUGGAUUGAAUUCUGGACAUGGAAUACACGUAUCGUAGUAUGCUAUGCUGUUCAAAUGUCGUACAUCUUUGCCAUGUCUAUUUGAUGUUUCCAGUCCUAGGAUGUUUGUUUCUUCUUA